UUUUAGCAUGUUUUUUUAUCUACUGAAAGCAUUAUGGGUGUAAUGAUUCAUCGAUACAGAUCGGAAUCCGGUUCAAUUGUUUAUUUAGAUGCAUCGGUCAAAAACAAUCCAAAUGUAACAUGAAUCAGUCAGAAAAUCUAUUGAAAGUUACAACCGCCGGUUCACUAAUGUUUUUAUUAAUUGUACUUUCUUUCUACCUUAUGAAAACACUUCUCAUCUUUUGGGAUGUGUCCCCAAACUGUGUACGUUUUUGACAAACUCCCUAGUCCCUGCCAGUGACCAGCAUACCCAUAACAUGAUGCUGCCACUACAAUAAUUGUAAAUACAGAAGAUCAACAACAUUGCAUUCACUCCAUAUUACUGGUUUGAAUGAAAAAUGUAAAAGAAGGAAGCCUGUGUUAAAAAAUACACAUAAAAUCCCCCAUUCUGUUUGCAAUAAGGCCGUUAAGUAAUACUCAGCGAUUAACAAACAUUUCUGUUAUUUUGUGUUUUUUAAACAACUAAAUGACCGACGUCGGUUCAAUUAUUUGAAUUCCAUUUCGUUCAGGUUUUUUCCAUGAGUUCAAUGCGCACAUUGCAAAGUUUCUCCACAGAGUUUCUAAACCCAGAGGCGCAACAUCAUGAGGCUUCCGGAAAAGCUUGUGAAGCAGACCAAGAAGACCAGGCUGCGGUUUGGGUUUUGACAAGUCAAUGAGAGAAGUGAAAUAUUCUUCCUUAGUUGUUAAUUUUCUCGAACUCUAAAGGCACAAGAGAUUCGAACCAAUGUCUUAAGUAGUUGAACAUGUUAUUACUCCAACCUCGUGGUAGUGACAAACUGACACGUUUUCAAUUCCGUCAAAAAACUACUUUAUAUCGAAGGUGUGCCUUUGAUUUGACGGCCUGCACAUGCCCAGUUUGGCGUGACCAGAUGUCAUGUUUCUACGCGUGAGCUUAGCUAGCCAACGUCGCCAUGACAUUGCCUACAUGUGUGAUCUAUUGGAGAAGCAGUUUCAGCCUGUCUUCAUACUGUACUUUCUUUGGUUUCUCUAGAGAUAAAUCAGAUCCAGCCUGAACUGUGUGAUGUUGUAGUUUCCAACAGGCCAAUAUUCUACAUAGUUUAGCGCAUAAAACGUGGUAAUUAACUACGACCAUAAUCCAUUGCUCAUCUACCUGUCCGGUCUGUUUCUUUUAUGCCUGCUAUGGAAGAGAAAGGAAGGCACGAUCGUGAGGGGAUAUAGAGAGCAGGUGUUGAUAUUCAGCAGUCAUAAAAGUAUGCCUUAUUUACUUUGAAGAUCUACAAAAUAGUGAUUUUGACUGACAGGAUAGGCAGUAGCUGUGUAGAAAUGAGAGGACUUGGAAUUAAAUGAUUAAGUCAUCAAAUAAAAGUAAUAUACACAACAAUUUAAAUAUUUUAUUAAAGUAAUGUGAAUAAAUGAUGGUUAAUAAGUGAUCAGCAGUAACGGGCAGUCAUUACUAUUAUGGGACUUUUAUUAAUUGUUUUAUUCUGUGUUACAGCAUUCAACCCAAAUAAUCGUAAACGAAAUCGAAAACCGUGAUUGUUUUUAUAAUCGCACCGACCUCAAAAAGCACUAAUCGCUCAGUGCUAUUAAUACUGCAAGACAACACCGCAAAGAAAUUAAAAAUGUUUGCCAAAAUUAAAGAUUUGGGUCAAAUACAAUACAACACAGAAUGAAACCCUCUCUAUUUUUCAGUAUUGUAGAGGCAGCAUUAUGUUAUAGGUAUGCUUGUCACCAGCAGGUACUGGGGAAUUUUUCAGGAUAAAAAUAAAUAUGAAAGCUCAGGUAAAAAUGUAGAGGAGAACUCACCUCAGUCUUCUGAAAACCUAACCCUGGUAUAGUUAUAUUUUUCAGCGGGACAAUUUAGACACAUCUUAAUGCCAAAAACACACUAGAAUGGCUUUUCAAGAGGUAUUGAGUGGUCCAGUCUCAGUCCUGACAUAAAUUUCCUUGAAAAUCAGAGAAGGUUUGACUUUUGCUGACUAUCAAUUAUUCCCUACCAAAUGUACUGCAUGAGCAAUUUUGACAAAAACAAUGGAUAAACAGUGCCUUCAUAAAUUAUUCGCCCUUGACUUAUUCCACAUUUUGUUGUUACAGCCUAAAUUCUAAAUCGAUUAAAUACAUAAUCGCCCAAUAAUGACAAAGUAAAAAACAUGUUUUCUGAAAAUAUCCCAUUUACACACCAGUGGCGGUCGUGCCGUUUAAGUUGAGGGAAGACGAUUCUUUUUUGGGGUGCAUGGCCUUAUUUCUAUUACAGCCUAUUGGAUGACUGUCAUUCAUAUUCCAUUCACCCAGCUCAAUGUAACAUCAAUUGGUUUAGGUUAUUACAUGAUACUCACAUUUUCCCUAUACUCAUUAUGAGGUUGCGCCAACCUAGCCUAUGAAUGAAAGUUUUCAACGUAGAUACACAGAUCGAGAGAAACGUUUGAGUAGCCUAAUCAAAGUGACAGACGGUGACAUAUUCAAUACCGCCUUGCACACUCUUCACUGCAUCUAGCUGAUCUAGGGCGUAAUCAUUAGCACAAUAGUUGCAAAUUAGAGUUUCUAUUGGCCAAAUUCAGAUAUGUUUAUCCCCAUUUUGUCAGUUUGCUUCCGUUUAAGAAAUGGUUUUCAACAAAAUUGCCAGAAUGAAUACACUCCUGAUCACACGUAAACCCAGUUCACUUUCAUACUAGCCACAUACAAACAGCAUUAUCACGUUGCUCGUUAAUUCCUUCUUGCAUCUACAUGCUCUCCUCCCCUCAUCUUUUCCCUUUGCUUCAGUGCACUACACAUCAGCUGUCUGUGAACAGGCGAAAAAACCUUUCCAAGCCAAACCUUCAUAUCAUAACCGCUAACCACUACACACAGCUUACAUCGUUGUCACCAUAUUAGCUGACGUCAGUCAACAUAGCUAUUAGAACUAACGCGUUAGUAUACCCACUACAAUCAUGCAGUUAGCAAGCAGGUUAGCAGUUACUCCGGCGGGCCCCGGUGGCAAUAAAUUAAUAAAACCAAAAGCUUACCUUGGAUAUAGCCAUAGCUAACAUGGCAUCCCUCUCUGUUUGGGUAGGCUAAACUAGCUAGCUAAGUAAGUGAAAGUCAAAAAGAAAACCCCCCAAAAUAUAUAGCUAGCUCUGUCUCUUGCUUCUCCUUUGUUUUUUAAGAAAUUAAUUUGUUUAGAACUGUUCAACUAUUAUCUUUCUCUCUGAGUCAACUACUCACCACAAUUUGUACUGUAGGCCAUCAUUGCAAAACAGUGUGUUUUAAUAAAUUCUUGGUCACGUGAAUAUAUUUAGUAUACUUUUAUCUAAAAUUGAUAACUUUUUUAACUUUUACUAUUUUUAUUUUUAUGAAAUUCACUGAGGAGGAUGAUCCUCCCCUUCCUCCUCUGAGGAGCUUCCACUGAUUCACACCCCUGAGUCAAUACUUUGUAGAAGCACCUUUGGCAGAGAUUACAGCUGUGAGUCUUUCUGGAUCAGGACCUGGAGAUUGAGCUGGUGGAGGAGGAGCCUCCGUUCCUGAGAGGACACACUAAACAGAGUAUGGACAUGAGCCCUGUCAAGAUUGUUAAGAAUCCAGAUGGCUCGCUGUCCCAGGCAGCCAUGAUGCAGAGUGCUUUGGCUAAGGAGAGGAGGGAGGUGAAGCAGGCUCAGCGAAUGGCUGAGAUGGACUGCAUACCUAUUGGCCUCAACAAGCACUGGGUAGACCCCCUGCCUGACUUUGAUGGAAGGCAGAUUGCAGCCAACAUGAGAGGAAUCGGCAUGAUGCCAGACAGCGUCCCGGAGUGGAAGAAACAUGCCUUUGGGGGCAACCAGGCCUCUUAUGGCAAGAAGACAGAGCUUUCCAUCCUGGAGCAGAGGGAGAGCCUGCCCAUCUACAAGCUCAAAGAGCAGCUCAUACAGGCUGUCCAUGAUAAUCAGAUACUGAUUGUGGUUGGAGAGACUGGCUCUGGGAAAACCACCCAGAUCACCCAGUACCUGGCCGAGGCGGGCUACUCCGCUCGGGGGAAGAUCGGCUGCACUCAGCCCCGUCGUGUGGCAGCCAUGUCCGUGGCCAAGAGAGUCUCUGAAGAGUACGGUUGCUGUCUGGGCCAGGAGGUGGGCUACACCAUCCGUUUUGAGGACUGCACCAGCCCUGAGACGGUGAUCAAGUACAUGACACAUGGUAUGCUGCAGAGGGAAUGUCUGAUAGAUCCAGACAUGGGUCAGUACACCCUCAUCAUGCUUGACGAGGCCCACGAGAGGACCAUCCAUACUGAUGUGCUCUUUGGUCUACUCAAGAAGACAGUGAAGAAACGCCCAGACAUGAAGCUGAUUGUGUCCUCAGCGACACUAGAUGCCGUCAAGUUCUCCCAGUACUUCUUCGAGGCGCCCAUCUUUACCAUCCCAGGACGCACUUUCCCAGUGGAGGUGCUCUACUGCAAAGAGCCUGAGACGGACUACCUGGACGCCAGUCUCAUCACCGUCAUGCAGAUCCACCUGACCGAGCCUCCAGGUGAUGUCCUGGUGUUUCUGACGGGUCAGGAAGAGAUUGACACAGCUUGUGAGAUCUUGUAUGAACGGAUGAAGUCUCUGGGACCCGAAGUGCCUGAACUCAUCAUUCUACCUGUCUACUCCGCGCUGCCAAGUGAGAUGCAGACCCGUAUCUUUGACCCUGCUCCCCCCGGCAGCAGAAAGGUAAUCAUUGCCACUAACAUUGCUGAGACGUCUCUGACUAUUAAUGGGAUCUACUAUGUGGUGGACCCAGGCUUUGUGAAGCAGAAUGUCUACAAUUCCAAGACUGGCGUCGACCAAUUAGUGGUGACCCCCAUAUCACAGGCCCAAGCCAAGCAGCGUUCUGGUAGGGCUGGAAGAACUGGCCCUGGGAAAUGCUACCGGCUAUUUACAGAGAGAGCCUACAGAGACGAGAUGCUCACCAGCAAUGUGCCUGAAAUCCAGAGAACAAACCUGGCCAGUACCAUGCUGUCUCUUAAGGCCAUGGGCAUCAAUGACCUGCUAUCGUUUGAUUUCAUGGACGCGCCACCCAUGGAGACAAUGAUCACAGCUAUGGAGAUGCUCUACACUUUAGGGGCUCUGGAUGAUGAGGGGUUACUCACUCGCCUUGGACGCAGGAUGGCUGAGUUCCCUCUGGAGCCCAUGUUGUGUAAGAUGCUGAUCAUGUCCGUCCACCUGGGCUGCAGUGAGGAGAUGCUCACCAUCGUCUCAAUGCUGUCUGUGCAGAACGUCUUCUAUAGGCCCAAGGACAAGCAGCAGAUGGCUGACCAGAAGAAGGCCAAGUUCCACCAGGCCGAAGGAGACCACCUUACUCUGUUGGCUGUCUAUAACUCCUGGAAGAACAACAAGUUCUCCAACCCCUGGUGCUUCGAGAACUUCAUCCAGGCUCGUUCCUUGCGCAGAGCCCAGGAUAUUCGCAAACAGAUGCUGGGUAUCAUGGACAGGCAUAAGCUGGACAUGGUGUCUUGUGGAAAGGCCACAGUGCGCAUACAGAAGGCCAUCUGCAGUGGUUUCUUCCGGAACGCAGCCAAAAAGGAUCCCCAGGAGGGCUACCGUACCCUCAUUGACCAGCAGGUGGUGUACAUCCACCCGUCCAGUUCCCUGUUCAACCGCCAGCCUGAGUGGUUGGUGUACCAUGAGUUGGUGCUGACUACUAAGGAGUACAUGAGGGAGGUGACCACCAUUGACCCACGCUGGCUGGUAGAGUUCUCGCCGGCCUUUUUCAAAGUGGCCGAUCCCACACGCCUCAGCAAACAGAAGAAGAUGCAGCGCCUUGAGCCCCUCUACAACCGUUACGAAGAGCCCAACGCUUGGAGAAUCUCCCGCGCCUUUCGCAGGAAGUAGAGGUGUAUCCCUAUACCCUUACGCACAGGCUCACACCACAGCAGGAGAGAGAGGGAGACUGUCAUUGACAACUAGUUGAGAAAUACCAGUCCAUUGUUCCUUUCUGUGUUCCUACAGAGUCAUUUGGCUUCAUGGUCAAUGUCAGUUAACAUACCUCCCAUCAGACAGAAAUCAAAAGUGCCCAUAUAUUACCAAAACGUUUUUUUUGCCCAAUGUAUAAAUUAUCUCAUAACAGAACAUUACGGAUUCCCUCAAAUAAAAUGACUAUUAAGUGAUUAGGAAGGAGACUGGACACUUUAAGUGGGCAGUAAUCUAAUCAGUCAGUGGAAGUCUGUCUGUUUAUGAGUACACAAUGCUCAGAGUCCAUUUAGUCUAGAGAUCUCAUGUAAUAUAGUUUAUACCUAGGGAAAUGGAUCGGACUUUGAUUGUGGUCAACAAUUACCAGAUCUGUGGUUUCAUUAAGAUGACGGAAAUGUAAGCGAACUGAAAUGAGUGAUAUCUAAAUGACCAUAUUCUUCCAUAUUAAAUAUUGGAUGGUC